AUGAGCUUCGCACUAGCUCUCAUCGCCAACCCAUUAUUUAUCAGAAUCCAUAUUGGCGAAUACUGUGUUCCCUUUUGGUUGAGAAAUGUUAAUGGCGGAUUUUGCCAUAUCUGUGAUGGUAUUUGUUUCUCUGUUAUUUUCUCUCUCUUCUUCUCUAACAACUGUUCAUGGAGAUCAGAGGACGAAGGACGACGCAGAAUCAUCUUGUGGGAAGAUGAUGAAGCAGUGUGAUUUGUUUCAUGGGAUUUGGGAGUACGAUGAAUCGUAUCCGCUGUAUGAAUCAUCGGACUGUGAUUUCAUAGAGAAGCAGUUUGACUGUGCUAAGAAUGGUCGUCCUGAUAAGUUCUAUCCGAAGUAUUCUUGGCAUCCCUCAGCCUGCAAAUUACCAAGGUUCAGUGGUGAAGAUUUCUUAAAGAGAAUGAGAGGGAAGAGUGUAAUGUUUGUGGGAGACUCUCUGAGUUUGAAUCAAUGGCAAUCUCUCACUUGCAUGCUUCAUAAAUCUGUUCCUCACUCCCAAUACACCAAUCUCAGGACUGGACUUCUCUCCACCUUCACUUUUCUGGAGUAUGAUGUGAAGGUGAUGAUGAGUCGCAAUGUGUUUCUGGUGGAUCUGGUUGAUGAAAGUGAUGGUCGAGUUCUUAAACUCGACUCUAUUCAAUCCGCUCAGUUCUGGCAACAGUUUGAUGUAUUGAUCUUCGAUUCUUGGCACUGGUGGCUUCAUUCUGGACGAAGACAACCAUGGGAUUUCAUUCAAGAGGGGAAUCAAACAGUGAGAGACAUGGAUCGCUUAGUGGCAUACGAGAAAGCAUUGAGGACAUGGGCCCGAUGGGUUGACAACAAUGUUGACCCUUCAAAAACCAAGGUUUUCUUUCAAGCUGUUUCCCCAGAUCACAUGAAUGGAAAGGACUGGGGAGAAGAAGAAUCAAAUACAUGUCAAGGACAGGAGAGGCCAGUGGAAGGAGAAAGGUAUGGAGGAGGAUCACACCCGGCAGAGUUGGUGGUAGAGAAGGUUUUGGGAGAAAUGUCAAACCCUAAUUUAGUUCAUCUCCUCAACAUCACCACUCUCUCUCAGCUCCGAAAGGACGGCCACCCUUCUGUCUACGGCUAUGGCGGCCGCCGGGGAAUCGACUGCACCCACUGGUGCCUUCCUGGUGUUCCGGACACUUGGAACCAGCUCUUGUAUGCUGCUUUGAUCAAUCAAAGUUAAUUAGCAAAAAGAUAAAUUUAAUGCAUAAGAAUUGAUUGAAUAUUGAUUUGUUAUAACGUGGAGUUUCCAAUUGAUUGAAUAUAGAUUCAAUGCAUAUGAGAUUAGGAUGGCCUAAAUCUUAUUA